GAUGUUUCCCAACAAACACUUGCACUGUAAAUAACCUUUAAUUCUCCAGAUCGUUGCUUAAAAUAUUCGAAAAAUUGAGUUGCCGUGAAAAGAGUUGAAAUGCAAGCUACAGUUAAGAUGAGCUAAGAAAUUAGGAGAAGUUGAAGAGUAGGAUGAAAUUGACGGUGUUUCUGAGCUUGUUUUGGGCGUUGAAUUUACUCUAUGGAGAGUGGUUUGCCUAUUUGGUGCCUUCCCAGUGGACUUGUUCUUGGCCUCAUCUUCAACGCCCUUCUAAUUUCUCUCCGCAAAAUGGAGUUGACUAUCCGAGUAGUUAUGUGAAAAUUGCUGUGAUUACAGAUCCUCAGCUCAUGGAUAAAACUUCGCUUCCACUCGCUCCGAGAUCACUUGCUCUGGAGGUUGUGCAGUUCUAUACUGAUUUGUACAUGCGUAGGGCAUUCCUCUCCUCUGUAUUGCCCUUCAAUCCCGAUGUCAUUCUGUUUUUGGGUGAUUAUUUUGAUGGGAGCGAUAGGUUGUCCGAUGAAGAAUGGCAGGAAUCCUUAGGUCGUUUCAGGCAUAUUUUCAACCUGAAUAUGAUUCAGAAAACCUCAAAAACAAAAAUAUACUACAUUCCUGGAAACCACGACACUGGAUACGCAGCUUCCUACAACCAAAAGCCAGAGAUCAUAAAACGCUACGAGAGUGAAUUUGGUGCAAGGAACUUUAAAGUGACAAUCGGAGAGGUGGACUUCAUUGCCAUCGAUUCGCAGACAUUGGAUGGUCAUCAACAAGGAAACUUCACAUUAGAUACCUGGGGCUUCAUAGAAAAUGUGUCUAAAGAUAUAUCUUCUACACCAAGGGUUUUAUUGACUCACAUCCCUUUAUAUCGGCCGGACUGGACUCCUUGUGGCCCCCACCGAUAUUCGCCAGUCAUCAAUCAACGAAUUAACCGUGUUGAUCAUCAUCAAGAGAUUGUGUAUCAGAAUUAUGUCACUGAAAAAUCAUCAAAUUCUUUACUGGAUCUAAUCAGACCUGCACUAGUCCUCUCUGGUCAUGAUCAUGAUCAAUGCACCGUUUCCCAUAUGUAUAACAACGGUCACGCAACAGAGCAUACUGUAGGAACUGUAAGCUGGCAACAAGGAAACUUGUACCCUUCUUUUAUGCUACUAUCUGCAAAGAAUUCGUCGGUUUCAGAUGGAAUCACGCCCGAAGACGCUGUUCUGACUAAUCUCUGCUUUCUCCCUAUGCAACUUCACAUCUACAUAUGGUAUUUAUCUCUCUUUGCAAUGACCCUUGUUGUUGUCCUCAUUUGGCCAGCCAAUGAAGUCCAUAUAACACGAAAGCUCGGUAGUCUCAUGGUUGCUAUCAGAGAGGUGCUUAAAAGCUUUAGCAGUGCUGUGAAAGUGAAAAAUGAAGAUGAAAAUGUUGAGUAUGAAGAGAUAUGGGAUGCAGAAGGGUCAAUGCACCUCAUCAAGAAAACCAAAAAGGUUCAAGUCGUGAAUGAGAGCAGCUCGGUCGAGAGGGGGAAUGCAGUGAUGCGGUCAAAAGCUCGAAAACAGGAUGCAGAGGCAGCGACGAGUGAGGAUGUGAGUAUACAUAUCGGUUUAGGUAGAAUGAACAGAUUGAGAGGCAAGGUGAUAAUGUGGAGAUUGCUGCGAGCGCUACGAGCAGUGACUAUCGUUGCUGCUUUCAACGUUCCUUUAUACGUGUUGCUCGUCUUCAAAGAUUGGAUCGACAAAUGAUUACAAAGUUUGAGAGCCCUGUGUUGUCUGUUGUGACAUAACAUCACAUUUUGUAGUACUUUUUGAGGUCUGAAAUUGAAUUUUAUCCAAGUAACUUUGAGCA